AUGAUGUCACUGAAUCUCACUCACUCUCCAACUCCCGACCAAUCUCGAUUCCUCCCAGCCCAAUCAACUACCCCUAGAUCUCGCUUUGCCGUCAAAUUGGCGGCGGCGGCAGAAGGGAUCGAAUCAUCUAUCCCGGAUUCGAAUUCGAAUCCCAAACCUGUUAAUCAAACCCUAAAACUCGCCACCGCAUUCAAGCUCUGGUACUUCCACAACGUAAUCUUCAACAUCUACAACAAGAAAUCCCUCAACGUCUUUCCCUACCCAUGGUUCCUGGCCACAUUCCAGCUCUUCACCGGCUGCAUCUGGAUGCUGGCCAGCUGGUCAAUCAACCGCCGACUCCCCAAAAUCUCCAAGGAGUUCCUCCUCGCCCUCCUCGGCCCGACUCUGUUCCACACCGUCACCCAAAUCUCCGCCUGUGUCUCCUACUCCAAUGUCGCCGUCUCGUUCACCUAUGUCAUCAAAUCGGUGGAGCCUGUCUUCUUCGUCACCUUCUCGUCUUUCCUUGGCGAGAUCUUCCCUCUCAUCCAGAACAUCUAG